AUGCUCUCGGAGUAUAUCAAGUCAAAGCAACCGAUGGGAUUCAAGCGAACGGAUUCCUACCGACCGAGGGAACGCCAGAACAGCAACGGCCGUGACUCGUCUCGCCCUGCAGGUGGUGGAUCUCGAUCCAGAACUCGACGUAGAUCUAACUCUCAGCAAGCAUCCCCUCCUAGAGGUCCUGCAGCGAGUCGCCCAUGGAAUCACAGUGGACGAAACUUUUCUGCUCCUAACUGGAGUUAUCACCAGCAGGAUGCGUCUCGAUAUGAACAUCAACAUGGUAGAGAGACCUCUUCCGAAGCAUUAGGAGAAAUCACGAAUCGGUCUCCCCUUCCAAGCCCCAGGGCCAGGCCUGAUCGGAGUAGGUCGCCCGAUGAUGAUGAUGACGAUGAAGAUUCACUUUUCGUCAGUGAUGGUCCAGGUCCUGAGUUUUUCGAGGACUACGCUGAGCCCGAGCCCGAGCCUCUUCCCCGCCCACCUCCGACAAUGCGACUGGAAAUUCAGGAUGGACAGUCAGAGUUUCCGGACGCUUUUCACAGGCGUCCAAAACCAAUCUCAGCCUCACGUAUAGCUUCUGGCAUGUAUUUUCAAGCUAGGGGAAAGCCAAUUUUACCGCCUUUGACGGCCAAACCCAAUUCUUCCCAGACUGGGAAAAACGUCCUCAAGCCUCGAUACAUAUCGACCUCCAACAUUCCAAUUGAGGCAUCGACCACCCAACCAAAGGCUGCCUCAAAGAAGCCCGUUGGUACCCCAUCCAAGCCUAGCGCUUCAUCAAAACCGAUUCCCCCGAAGACUGAUGCAUCUAUGAAGGCUGCUGCUCUCUCGAAUGCUGCUGGUCCAUUGACGUCUGGCACUGGCAUGCCUUCCAAGCCCCCUGUUCCCCUCGAUACAGACAAUGACUCUAGCAGUUCCGCCCCUCGAGUCCCCAGUACCUUGACCAUUGAAAAGGAGCCAAGCCGAUUUUCUCCAUUUUCCUUCCCGAGCAGAAGGACAACCUCAGGAGGCGACAAACUUGUAUGUCAGGAGCUACAGCAGAGCGUUCAUCGCCCUACUCUACCCUCGACAUUUGAUUCACUGCUUCCCAACAAAUCCAGGCCCGAGAACAAACGUGACCCCAAGUCCGACCCAGCAUCAACUCGCUCUAUCCAGAAACGCAAAGUAGGCGACCUGUUUUCCGCCGCCGAUCUCAAGAUCAUCUGGAAGCAGUGCUUCGAGCAGCGUCAACCCCCCGACCAAUCUCGUCUCGGUCACUUCGCACUUCCUAUCCCCUCACACUCACUUCAUCUCGUUUCUCCCGCGCAGCUGGAGCGAGCCAAGCGAUACUUCGUUCCUGACAUCGUCCGAUUUGAGGUAACGCCGCUGCAGCUCGGAAAGAAAAAGUCACGAUCAAGUCAAGCCAAUGCGAGACUGUUUCACUCAGAUCCUACUCAAAUCGCGGGCCGCGAGACUAGUACCCCAACCUAUCACAAGCUGCAGCUUCGACCUUCCACAUCCCAAACGGACGGUCUCGCCUGGCCUGUCUUAAGAGCCAUGCAAGUCGGCUGGGAGUUGACCGCGCGAUGGUACAAGGAAGUCAUUGUCGACGGGGGUUGGGUUAGUCUGGGUCGUCUUGACCGCGAGGACACCGUCAUGUCGGAUGCCAUGGACAUCGAUGGCGAGAACGAGAACGACAAGGUCAUCACCUCUCGAAACAGCAAAAACCCUGUCGGUACAGGGCUCGGUGACUUUGUCGCUAAUGAGCUGAAGAAGAAUGUGGUGAAGACCAAGCACAGCCGCGACGAACCUGAGGGUUCUUUGAAUGUCGACCGCGAGAUUGGACGCUGGCUUGAUCAUGUUUGGAGGGAGCAGAAUUAAGCACUGAACAAAGAGGGACGUACGUCUAUCUGAGGCCUUGUUGCGGCGCUCAUUGUGGUCAUUGCUGCGAGGUGCAGUUCUUCCACAUAUCACCGGCCCAGUGAGUGGGUGCAUACUAAAUGCAACAUCGAUGGUGUUGCGCUUCCACGCAACACGACUUACAACUUCCCGGUAAAUUUCUGUUGCUUUUUGUUGCUCUCAGCAGCUUCCGUUUGUUUAGUUUUACGAAGUGGUCAAUCAGUAUCACUCCCAUCCGAACCAGGUUCCGGACAAGGUUCCGGACAAGGUUUGCAUUGUUGUUGGCUUUCAGGUUCACUUUGCUACCCAUAUUAUACGGAGCAAGUGACCGACUAUGUUGGAGAUACCCCGUGUACAGAACAAGAGCAAACAGGGUCGAGCGCUCGUUUCUUACAGACAUGGUUUCAGAGGGUAGGGUUUCCUUGAGUACCCUCCCUUUAGGUUCUGUAGCUUUAAGAGCCUCAUUUAGUGAUGAAUUUCCUCUCUUCU